AUGGAAAACCGUAUCGAACUUAAUUACCUGGACUACGAAACUGGCCUCACACAUCCAUCCGUGACUCAAUACUUUGGACGACGGGAUCAUCUGGGCCAACUCGAAAAGCCCACCUUGAUGAAGACACGAAGUCGAAUCCUCCACGCUGAGAAAAACCCCGACUCUGAGAAAGACCUCAAGUUGCUUCAGGCACUUUCUCACGAGAUCGACAUCCAACUCGGUCGUCACUAUCGAGAACUGGAGUUUGGAAAGGCAGUCCCAUAUGAAUGGGAAGACAUCCUCAACUCCUCGCGCGACGCAAAGCUGAAGUUCAACAAUACCCAGUCCCACUGUAGAGUCCGUCGGGCCGUGGAAGUCGUCGAAGAACAACGAAACCACCGAAUGGCCCUCCUGCAGAUGAACGUGCACGCUAACCCGGACAAACCCACCGUCACUGAGCUACAGGUACUACUACAACUCAUGAAAGACGGAGACUGGGAAAGAAGGGUCUGGUGGCGACUGAACGACAAGAAUGUCUCCAUGCACAACAAAACGCACCACGUCGUCCCGGUGCUGCUGGUUACCACCUUCCUUGGUGGCCAAGUCCGCGUUAUUUGGGGAUACUUCGAUCAAAAGCUCAAGGUCCAAUACACCGAGCGUCAACAAUGUACCUCUUCCAACCUUGGGAAAAGCCUGGAUAAUUUGAUGAUGUGGGCCUUGCCGAUAGUACCAGAAUACACCACACACCUUUUGCCGAUGCCCAGCAUCGCGGAAUCGGACGAGGAGGCUGAUUCAAUUGAGAGUGACGAGGAGCCACCGGUUGAAAUACCACAGGUUGUGAAUUCACUCGUGGAAGAACAUGGUCAAGAGCUAGUGGCGCUUUACUGCUCGGCUCGCGAAAACACAAUGAGCAUAAAAAGACGGAAAAAUCAACGGAAAGGAGCCGAAAAAAGACGGCGAUGA